AGUUACGAAAACAAGGCUCUAUUGCGGACGAUAUUGACUAAUUUCUAUGAUUGAUAGUUGAAAAUCACUUGUUCUUUUCUUUUGAGCAGUAUGAACAACAGAAGAUGGUUCCACCCUAACAUUACUGGAAGAGAGGCGGAACAUUUACUGUUAACAAAAGGAGUAGAUGGAUCUUUCCUGUGUCGACCAAGUGAAAGUAUUGCCGGUGAUUUUUCCCUGUCUGUACGGCGAGGAGACAAAGUAACGCAUAUUAAAAUUCAUAAUUCUGGAGAAUGUUACGAUCUCUACGGAGGAGAAAAAUUCGCUUCUCUAACAGAAUUAAUUCAACAUUAUUUGGAAAAAAGCGAAACUCUUAGAGAAAAAACAGGCGAAAUUAUUGAACUUAAAAGUCCUUUACAUUGUAUAGAUCCAACAACAGAACGCUGGUUUCACGAGUCAUUGACCGGCAAAGACGCUGAAAGUUUACUAUUAGAAAAGAAUGCCUCUGUCGGUAGUUUUCUUGUCCGAGAAAGUCAAACAUCUGGUGAUUUUGUCUUAUCAGUUAGAGUUGAGGAUAGAGAAAAAGAAGCAAAAUUUGAUAUAGGUGGUGGAGAAAUGUUUAAUUCUCUAUGCGAAUUAGUCGAAUAUUAUCGUUUGUCUCCCAUGGUUGAAACUGGGGGGAAAGUCAUAUUCCUAAAAACGCCUUACAAUACUACAAGAAUAAGUCGUUCUCUACUUAGCGAACGCAUUAAAGAGUUGAAUCAAGCUGGGAAUCAGGAAGAUAAAAAUGGUAAAAAGGGAUUCUUAGAAGAAUUUGAGCAAUUAGGUCAACAAGAAUUUAAGGAAAUAUCUCGUGAAGACGGCAAAAAAUCUUGUAACAAAUCAAAAAAUAGAUAUAAAAACAUUCUACCAUAUAAUAGAACAAGUGUAAUCUUAACUGAUGGAACUGGAGAAGAUGGAGACGACUAUAUAAAUGCCAAUUAUAUCAGGGCUUCUGCUUGUUUGGCAACUGCUGGAGAUAUAUGGCUUCCUAACGAUAGUAGUAACGACCCCGAUAGGUUAUCAACAACCUAUGCGGAGGAGGAACCUGCCUAUAUAGCCACCCAGGGUUGUUUAACAAAUACGAUUACAGAUUUUUGGAGAAUGGUUUGGAAUGAAAAUUCACGAGUUAUUAUAAUGACAACCAAAGAUUCAGAAAGAGGAAAGAAAAAAUGUGCUAUAUAUUGGCCAAAAAACGUCAAUGAGAAAAUGGAAAGGGAAGCUAAAAGUGGCAAUAUAAUAAUAGAACUCAUACAAGUUGAGGAAAAUGACUUUUAUAUUACUCGACUUAUGAGAAUAACUAAAUGUGGAUUUACUGAAGCUCGUUUCAUUCAUCAAUUUCAAUUUAAAGCUUGGCCGGAUCACGGGACACCGCAAGAUCCCGGUCGUGUUUUAGAUUUGUUGACUAAAGUUGACGAGGCUAAGGCAAGAUAUCCUCGUACCGGUCCCAUUAUUGUUCAUUGUAGUGCGGGCAUUGGUCGAACGGGAACGUUUAUAGCUAUUCAUAUCCUAAUCAAGCAAAUAGAGGAUGGAGCGGAAGCUAUAGACAUACAAAAAACUAUUCUGGCCUUGCGAGCUCAAAGGUCUGGCAUGGUUCAGACGGAAGCCCAAUAUAAAUUCGUCUACAAGGCUUUGGAACAUCAUAUAGACGUAAUUUCAGUCAAAGAUCAAGCUCAUAAGGCCGCAAAAGAAGCCGGCCGAGAAUACCAUAACGUUCAAUAUAAAGCAAAUGAGGCUGGUUUGUCUAGAUUAGAUGACAGAAGAUUUAAAUCAACGCUUACCCCACCUCCUUCCGUUCCUCGACGAAUUCCUCCCAUUCCUCCUCAAACCGUUGACUGA